ACACAUUGUUGCCCCCUUGAUCUCUCCUGAUUGGCUGUCGGGAGCGGGUUCCCUCUCCUGAUUGGUGGGCCCAGCUUUUCCGGGAAAGAUGGCGGCGGUGAGGGCGCUGAGGAGCUGCAACCGGUCACUGGGCCGUCUGGCCAGUUUUAGACAAGUGAUCCUAUGCAACCGGUUCGUACUGGUAAGGUCAUGGAAGAAGCAGCCCCCGUCUGCGCUCCUGCAACCUCUGCAGCUGAGGAACUUCAGAACUGCAACUACUCUGAACGGGAAGGUCGUACAGUUUAAGUUGUCAGACAUCGGCGAAGGAAUCACAGAAGUUACGGUGAAGGACUGGUAUGUGAAAGAAGGUGACACUGUGUCCCAGUUCGAUAGUAUCUGUGAAGUUCAAAGCGACAAAGCCUCAGUGACCAUCACCAGCCGCUAUGAUGGGGUCGUCCGGAAACUGUAUUACAAUGUAGAUGACACCGCGCUGGUCGGGAAACCUUUGGUGGAUAUCGAAACGGAUGCUAUGAAAGAUGUGGCCCCUGAAGAAGAUGUUGUGGAGACCCCCGCGAUUUCCCAGGAGCAUACCCACCAAGAAAUAAAGGGGCACAAGACACUGGCCACUCCGGCUGUAAGACGCCUCGCCAUGGAGAACAAUAUAAAGCUUAGUGAAGUGGUCGGCAGCGGACGGGAUGGACGUAUCCUAAAAGAAGACAUUCUCAGCUUCUUGGCUAAGCAAACGGGCGCCAUCUUGCCGCCAUCCCCACAAAUGGAGAUCACACCGCCGCCGCCUCCAAAGAAAGAGAUCUCCAAACCAUCUCCGAAGGAAACGGCUCCCAGCAUUCCAGUUUUUAUUAGCAAACCAAUCACCUUCUCAGGGAAAGAUGUCACCGAGCCCCUUAAAGGCUUCCAUAAAGCCAUGGUGAAAACUAUGACCGCCGCACUGAAAAUCCCUCACUUUGGUUACUGUGAUGAAGUGGAUCUGACGGCUCUGGUCAAGCUCCGAGAGGACCUCAAGCCUAUGGUCGAAGCUCGAGGGGUCAGACUGUCAUUUAUGCCUUUCUUCCUCAAGGCGGGAAGCCUUGGUCUAUUGCAAUACCCUAUACUCAACGCCUCAGUGGAUGAGAACUGUCAGAAUAUCACCUAUAAGGCGUCUCAUAACAUUGGGAUCGCUAUGGAUACUCUCCAGGGGCUCAUCGUCCCUAAUGUAAAGAAUGUACAGGUCCGUAGUAUCUUCGAGAUCGCCGCCGAGCUGAACCGUCUGCAGAGCUUGGGGGCUUCAGGACAGCUGGGGGCCGCAGAUCUGACCGGAGGCACAUUCACUCUCUCUAAUAUUGGUUCGAUUGGCGGGACAUAUGCAAAACCUGUUAUUAUGCCCCCGGAAGUUGCAAUUGGAGCCAUUGGAAAGAUGCAGGUAGUACCAAGGUUUGACUCUAGGGGGCAGGUGGUGAAAGCCCAAAUCAUCAACAUCAGCUGGUCGGCCGACCACAGGAUCAUCGACGGCGCAACCAUGUCCCGAUUUUCUAACUUAUGGAAGUCUUACUUGGAGAAUCCGUCCUCCAUGCUCCUGGAUUUAAAGUGAGAAGAAACACGUGAUGUUAGGGGAGGAGGCAUUUUUAUUUAUCUCCAUCAGCAGGGGCAAGGUAUAAAAUACCUCAGCUUGUUGUUGCCUCCGGUGGGUGACACCCCGGGGUCCGGCCGCCUUCUCCGUGCCUUUGCGGACAAGUGUUAGCACAACUACAGGUCAGGUAUUUGACGCAAAGGUUGAAUUCUGAGGUUAGUACCUUUUUAAUUUGUUCACUACAUGUCGGGCAAUAGGUUACCCCAUAUAUAUGGGAGCACUCCAGAAAAAGGGUGCAACAUGGACCUCCACAUGUC